AACCAACGAGUUAGGACUUUACGCAACGCGAUUACGGAGCCGCUACGCCGCCGCUUUUACUCGCGUAACUGCAGACGGCUGCGUCGCCGCCUUCCUUCUCCGUCUACAAAUCCCUUAUUUGAACUAGUUGUAACAUUACCAUUAACAACAAAUCGAGAUCCGAGAUGGCCUGUCUGCAUAUAGCAAGGCCUGCCUUCUCGCCCUCGAUCCCCUUCCGACCAAACCUCCCUGUUCGACGUCGCGCCGUUCUACCCCUCGCCAUCCCGUUCCACUGUCGUCUACAGCAGGGCAACGGUGAUUCUAAUGGAGAGGAGCCGCCAGAGUCGUUGUUCAUGAAAGAGCUUAAGAGGAGGGGAGUGACUCCCUCUUCAUUAUUGGAGGAUACUGAGAAGGCAUUUUAUAGACAGAGCAAGGAAGAUGUUGCGGCGGAGGAAGAAAACGGGGGUGAGCCUGGGAGGGGACGGUCUAAAAGGAAUGGCGUGGCGUCGGCGGAGUACGAAAAGGGUGCCUUAAGGCAGAGGGAAGUCUCUAUGGCGCUUAACAGCGAGGGUAUUGAGGGGUUGAUUCCACGGGCAAAGUUGCUCCUGACAAUUGGAGGGACAUUCUUUUUGGGAUUUUGGCCUUUGAUCUUGAUCACUGUGUCUGCUUUUGCAGCUCUUUACUUUUACUUUGGUCCAACUUUUGUUCAUGAUGCUAGCAAGAUUUCAGCGUCCCCGCCACCAUAUAUAGAACCAUAUGAGCUGCUGAAGGACGAAAGGAUAUCAGAACUAGCUCCAAAUGUGAAAUAAGCACCCCCAUUUAAUAUAAUAUUUCUGUACACAUGUAAUAUUCUUUACCGAUUGUUAAUUUCUAUAUGUUAGUAGUGUUUUAUGUUUGGAAAAUAUAUGCACAUUCCAACUCCCAGGUUUCCUCUUAUGUGAUCCAGAGAAUUUUGUAUCGGGUUUUAUUGAUAUAUAAAGAUUGAUUAGUAUGAGUCAUUUUGGAUUAUGUUGAAACAAAUGU